AUGAGCCAAGAGCAACCACAAAGACCUUGUGAAGACCAACAAGAGUUGAUCAAAUAUGGUGUUGUUUUCUCAACCGUGUUAAACAAAUUACCUCAACAAGCUUUUCAGGGUGUUUCUGAUGGCAAAAACAGGAGUGACUGUGAAAAAGGGCCAGCAGCAACCCCAUCAGCAUACAAAGAGCUAUGUCCAAUAACAAUAGGGGUGGCCCUCCAAGCAACAGUAUUAACCGCAGGCCAGAAGGCAGUGGAUCGAAGUGAUGCAGCUGCCAUUCAGGCAGCUGAGGUUAGAGCCACUGGCCAAACCAACAUCAUGCCUGGUGGACUUGCUGCGACUGCUCAAUCUGCUGCGCAAUUCAAUGCUAAGCCCACCACACAGGAGAAGACUACCCUUGCUGAUGUACUCUCGGAAGCAGCAGCAAAAUUACCGAAAGAUAGGCCAGUGACUAGGCAAGAUGCAGAAGGUGUGAUGGGUGCUGAACUCAGAAACAACCCUAACAUAAGCACAUACCCUGGUGGAGUUGCGGCUUCUGUGGUGGCAGCUGCCAGGAUUAACCAAAGUAAUGAGCAGCUUAGCAAAUAACACCC